CAUUAUAGCCCCAUACUCCAUUACCAGCCCCUCAAAUCCCUCACUUUCUCGAGAAAAUUCCAUUUUCUCGCUCUUCAGCCACAAAUCUCAACCCUCAAAUCCCGAAUGGCACAGAAGAGAGAAAACGAACAGGCCACCGAAACCGAGCUCAAAGUCCCCGAAACUCUAACCCUAUGCGUCCAAACCUGCGGCUUCUCUGCAUCCGAUAAGCCCAGAUCCAGAUCUCCCUCGCCGCCGGAGGACCCCGAUUCGACCCUCGAGAAUUCAGAUCAAGGCGCUGUGAGAAGGAGGGAGGUGAACCGGUGCUCCGGCUGCAAGAGGAAGCUAGGACUGAUCGGCUUUCGGUGCCGGUGCGGCGAGAUGUUCUGCUCGAAGCAUCGGUACUCCGAUCGGCAUGAGUGCAGGUUCGAUUACAAGGCGGCGGGACGGGAGAUGAUCGCGAAGGAGAAUCCGGUGGUGAGGCCGGCGAAGAUUCUCAAAGUUUGACCGACGGGGUCUGUUUGUUUGGAUGGAAAAUGGGUUUCGGGGAAAAGAAAAUUUUUCUCGAGAAAAAGGGUAAGGGAUUUGAGAUGUAAAGUGGUAAUUUCGCGCGAAGCUUCACUUUUCCCGGGAAAGUGGUUUUUUCUGGGAAUAUUAUUUUUCAAUGGGAAAAGACAAAUGUGGGAUCUGGCGAUGAUAAUGAUAGGUUUUGAUCGUGUGGGGGAAUAUAGGGGUAUUUAUGUAAAAUUGUGAUAAAAGUUUGAAUUUAUUGUCGUUGUUUAACUUUUGGUGGUCCACUGCCCAAUCAAGGAAUAUUAAAAGGCUUUCCUCACCA